AUGCGUUACGCUGCGGCCUACGUAUUAGCAACAUUGUCAGGUGAGAAAAAUGUAGAUGUUAAAACAAUAUCGAAAAUAUUGGGAAGUGUUGGCAUUGAGUGCGAUGAAGCUAAAGCGAAAAAAGUAAUUGAUGCAUGCAAAAAUAAAGAUUUAAAUCAAUUGAUCGAAGACGGUAUGAAAAAAUUAUCAAGUAUGCCGAGUGCGGGUAGCGCAGCACCGUCAGCAGCUCCAGCUGCAACAACAGCAGCGGCCGCUGGAGGUGACAAGAAGAAAGAAGCAGCACCACCAAAGAAAGAAGAAAAGAAAGAAGAAUCGGACGAUGAAGAUCUCGGUGAAAUCAUUCAACUGCUAGUGAUGAUGAAUGUUAACAAUAUAGAUGAAGAAAUCGAAAAGGAUAAAAGACAAUCAGAUGAUAUUAACGAAAAUGAAGCGGUUAUUGUAAUAGAAAAAUGGAAUUGUCCAUUUUGUACCUACGCGAAUUUUCUAUCGUCGGAGAGAUGUACUAUGUGUCGUGUAGAAUGUCCUCUUGAUGAAAAUGAAUUAAUUGCUUCAUCCGAUAUUUAUCAACUGAAUUCAUCUGAACAACCGAUUACAUCUUAUAUUGAUUCGGUUGAAAAAUGGUCAUGUCAAGUUUGUACAUAUUUAAAUUAUCCAAAAUCGAUGAAAUGUAUACAAUGUCAUUCAAUACGUAGUACUGCAACACCAGCACCACAACAAGUACAACGUUCUUCACCAACAAACGAUAAUGAUCGGAUAUCACCACCCCAUACUCCACUACCAACAGCAAACAUACUAUCAGACUCAAAAAUAAUUGCGCAACGUUUGAGAAAAUGGAUAUGUAAAAAGUGUACAUACGAAAAUUAUCCAUCGUCAAAAAAAUGUGUCAUGUGUUUACAUCUGCGUGCAAACAAUUUGUCAGCAUCCGCUUCCUCGUCCUCUUCAUCCACGUGUGGCCAUACAACCGACGAAGAACAGCGUAUGAAUGCCAUUAAUAAAUCAAUGGAAAACAUCGCCUUUGAUCGAAAAGAAAAACGCACAAUACAACAUCCACAGCCACAACAAACAAUGAAAAAAAGUUCUCUAAUAUCAGCUACCUUACCGACCGAACGUUUAUGGUUGAAAGCAUGUCAGACUCUAUUAGACGGAGGUCCAUUACAAGUUGUUGCCGAAUAUUUGGCAUACGGUUGUGAUCCAUUAAGACAAUUAACUCUAGAUGAUAUCAAAUUAUUAAAUAUCAAAAAUAUUGGUUAUAUUGAUUGUAUUGGUCAAACACUGAAACAAUUAGCAUUUCUAACAGGACAAUUAGAACAGUAUCAAGCAUUAGAAAAUGUUGUAUUACAAUUUAAACAGCAACAGCAACAACUCAUCCGACAAACAAUGAAGAAACAACAACAGCAACAACAGAGAAUGAGGCACGUGCCAGCGAAUAUCUGUCCGACACUAAUUGAAUUAACACAACGACAAUUUCGUACAUUUUUGAGAUUGAAAAAAACAAGUGAAUUUCAAUGUGAUUACUUAACAGAAUGUUUUACAUUCACAUUACCUGCUGAAAUUGGAAUUUUUCCUCAGCGUGUACAAGAUCAAGUUUUCGAAGAUCUUUUAGAUAAAAAUGUUCAACAAGAACUUGAAAUUGAUAAUAGUAUAAUUAAUUGGAACGGGGAUAUAGCUAAUCGCCUUCACUCUCGUUUAUACGCAUUAUGGAAUCGUAAUAAUGGCGAUUGUUUACUCGAUAGUGUAUUACAAGUAUGUUUAGGUGUAUUUGAUACAGAAAAUAGCUUAAGGCGAGCAAUGGCCGAAAGUCUUGAAGAUGGUUCAACAAAAUUUUUUGAACGUUGGCGUGAAUAUGAACAAAUGGUGGCGGAAAAACAUCACUAUCGUCCAGAUGAUUAUCAGUUGAGAAGUGACUGGAAUCUCGUAUUAUCGUUAGCAAAUCAACCAGGUGAAUCGUUGGAACAUGCUCAUAUUUUUGCGCUCUCACAUGUUCUACGUCGUCCAAUUAUUGUUUAUGGCGUUACCUAUGUGAAAUCCUAUCGUGGAGAAUAUAAUAUUGGUUUGGCAAGAUUUCAAGGAGUUUAUUUGCCAUUGUUAUGGGAACCAAACUUUUGUUUUAAAUCGCCCAUAUGUCUUGGUUACACACGUAAUCAUUUCUCAGCUUUAGUACCGAUGCAGGAACAUGUAAAUAAGAGUCCAAUGCAAGCGGCAGCUGCCAUUCAAUCAUCCUCUUCUUCAACAUUAACACUCUUGUCAACAUAUAUCGAUAAUAAUUCCCUCUUAACACCAGCAAAUCCCACAUCAUCACAUCAUUCAUCACCAUCCUCGUCACCACCACCGUCUCUUUCUACAAAUCGACAUUCAAUGAAUUCAAAUGAGAACAGUGAUGUACAAACAUUUUAUCAUCCAUUGAUGGAUAGUGAUGGAAAUUUAUUGCCAGUUCAUUUCCUGGCACCAUCGGAGAUUGGUCAUGAGCAAACAAUUUUGAAACAGUGGCUGGAUUGUUGUUGGAUUGGACAGACGUUGGUUGCACAACAGAGAGUUGGUAAGCGUCCAUCUCUCAUCCAAAAUUUACUUGAUCAGUGGUUAAAUCUAUAUCGUCAACAACAACCACAUUCAAAUAGUCAAAUAAGAAAAACAUCUAUUGACUCAAGAUAA